AUGUUUGUUUUCCAUUCGUUGAUGGGCUUUGAGCAUUACUCCUAUGAAAAUCAAAAAUCAAAGUUUGCUACUAAAGUGGAUUUGGAAGCUUAUUACUACCGAUGUUGCUGCUCGGCGUCUAUCUCAUUUGUGGCGCGAUAUUCAAUCGGCAUUUGGAGAAGCUUCAAAAGCGGGCUAAGCAUCUAUUUGAGCAGCGUAAUUUUUGGCUGGGUGAAUAGACUCGGCUUUGUUCUAUGUUGGUUUUGGUCUCCGGCCGUCUUCCUUGCUCUGCCAGACCGAAUGACUUCUGCUGGAAGAACAAGUUUGUGUAUUCUUUGGUAGCUUUGGUUAACCUUCUUCAUAAUUCUGCUCGGUCUGCUCUUGUAACUCGGCUGGGAAGAUUUUGGAAGUUCAAAAUUCCCCCACACAUCCUCUUCUUUAUGUGGUUGUUGUCGAAUGUAAUGUUGGUUUGCAGAGGAGUUCUUUCGUUACUCAACUCUCCCUGCUUGCUUUAUUCAUAGGAGCAAUCAAGUAUAAGAUGUGGCUUAUUACCCAGCUAACAACUUGAGUUUUGAUUAUUUUCAUAAAUGAUAAAUUUGAACUAUUUUUGUAA